CACACCGGAAAAAGCUUAUCGCCAUGGAGACAUCAUCAAUUUCCACGGUUGACGACCAGCCACCGCAGCAUCAGGUGUUCAUCAAUUUCCGUGGGGCGGAUUUGCGCCUGAGAUUCGUCAGCCAUCUCGUCACGGCUUUGAAAUUGAACAACAUCAACGUCUUUAUCGACGACUAUGAAGACAGAGGUCAACCUCUAGAUGUACUGCUGAAGAGGAUAGAGGAGUCCAAAAUCGUUUUGGCUAUCUUCUCCGGCAACUACACCGAGUCAAUCUGGUGCGUGAGAGAGCUGGAGAAGAUCAAGGAUUGUACGGAUGAAGGGACACUUGUUGCGAUUCCAAUCUUCUACAAGCUCGAGCCAUCCACCGUUAGAGAUUUGAAAGGAAAGUUCGGUGAUAGAUUUAGAAGUAUGGCUAAGGGUGAUGAGAGGAAGAAGAAGUGGAAAGAAGCUUUUAACUUGAUUCCUAACAUCAUAGGCAUCACCAUUGACAAGAAAAGUGUCGAGAGUGAGAAAGUCAAUGAAAUUGUGAAGGCGGUGAAGACAGCGCUGACCGGGAUUCCAUCGGAGGGAAGCCAAAAUACAGUCGUGGAGGCUUUAGGUAAUGGCAACGCUGGAACUUCCUCAGUGGGUGAAAAGCAUAAGACUUUUGGAAACGAACAACGUUUAAAGGAGUUGGAAGAGAAGUUGGACCUUCAUAAAUACAAGGGAACUCGUAUCAUUGGAGUUGUUGGGAUGCCCGGAAUUGGUAAAACCACACUCCUGAAAGAGCUCUAUAAGACGUGGCAGGGUAAGUUUUCGAGGCAUGCGCUAAUCGAUCAAAUCCGUGUAAAGUCCAAGCACUUGGAGUUGGAUCGCUUGCCUCAAAUGCUCUUAGGUGAGUUAUCAAAGUUGAACAAUCCUCACAUAGACAAUCUCAAAGAUCCAUACAGUCAACUGCAUGAACGCAAAAUUCUUGUUGUACUUGAUGAUGUUAGUAAAAGGGAACAAAUAGAUGCUCUUCGUGAGAUAUUAGACUGGAUUAAGGAGGGUACGGAGGGAAGCAGAGUUGUCAUUGCAACAAGCGACGUGUCAUUAACAAAUGGUUUGGUUGAUGAUACUUACAUGGUUCAAAAUUUGAACCACAGAGAUAGCUUGCAACUAUUUCACUAUCAUGCCUUCAUUGAUGAUCAAGCCAAUCCCCAAAAGAAAGAUUUCAUGAAGCUGUCAGAAGGGUUUGUACAUUACGCCAGAGGCCAUCCACUAUCCCUCAAAAUACUGGGCGGAGAGCUUAAUAAGAAAAAUAUGGAUCAUUGGAAUUCAAAAAUGAAGAAACUUGCACAGAGUCCCUGCCCUAAUAUUGUAAGUGUCUUCCAAGUGAGUUAUGAUGAAUUGACUUCAGAGCAGAAAGACGCAUUUCUCGACAUAGCCUGUUUUAGAUCACAGGACAAGGAUUAUGUAGAAAGUUUACUGGCUUCAUCUGACCUUGGAUCUGCUGAGGCAAUGAGUGCAGUAAAAAGUCUCACGGAUAAGUUCCUGAUUAAUACUUGUGAUGGGCGAGUGGAGAUGCAUGAUCUAUUGUAUAAAUUUUCAAGGGAACUUGAUCUUAAGGCAUCUAAUCAGGAUGGUAGCAUACAACGGAGGCUGUGGCUCCAUCAAGACAUAAUCAAGGGAGGCAUAAUUAAUGUACUGCAAAAUAAAAUGAAAGCUGCCAAUGUUAGAGGUAUUUUCUUAGACUUGUCUGAAGUGAAAGACGAAACGAGCUUAGACCGCGACCACUUCAUAAAUAUGGGAAAUCUUCGGUAUCUCAAGUUCUACAAUUCCCAUUGUCCUCAGGAAUGUAAAACCAACAAUAAGAUCAACAUCCCUGAUAAACUUAAGCUACCAUUGAAAGAGGUUCGAUGCCUCCACUGGCUGAAAUUCCCAUUGGAGACACUUCCAAACGAUUUCAACCCGAUUAAUCUUGUCGACCUUAGGCUGCCUUACAGUGAGAUUGAACAACUUUGGGAUGGUGACAAGGAUACACCAUGCUUAAGGUGGGUUGAUCUCAAUCACUCAAGUAAGUUGUGCAGCUUGUCAGGGUUAUCAAAAGCUGAAAAGCUUCAAAGGUUGAACCUUGAAGGUUGCACAACACUGAAAGCGUUGCCACACGAUAUGAAAAAAAUGAAAAUGCUUGCUUUCCUGAAUCUCAAAGGGUGCACAAGUCUCGAAUCUCUUCCAGAGAUGAAUUUGAUUUCUCUGAAAACACUUACUCUCAGCGGCUGCUCAACUUUUAAGGAAUUUCCGUUGAUUUCAGAUAAUAUAGAAACUCUAUACUUAGAUGGCACAGCAAUAAGUCAGCUUCCUAAGAACAUGGAGAAGCUCCAGAGACUUGUUGUACUGAAUAUGAAAGACUGCAAAAUGCUGGAGGAAAUCCCAGGCCGUGUUGGUGAGCUGAAAGCUCUUCAAGAACUGAUACUCUCUGAUUGUUUAAAUCUCAAGAUUUUCCCAGAAAUCAACAUGAGCUCUUUAAACAUUUUACUUUUGGAUGGGACAGCCAUUGAAGUGAUGCCACAAUUACCCUCACUGCAGUAUUUGUGCUUAAGCAGGAAUGCUAAGAUCAGCUACCUUCCUGAUGGAAUCAGUCAGCUUUCUCAACUUAAAUGGCUGGACCUGAAGUAUUGUACGAGUCUUACAUCAGUUCCAGAGUUUCCACCAAACCUUCAGUGCUUAGAUGCACACGGCUGUAGUUCGCUGAAGACAGUUUCAAAGCCUUUGGCCCGUAUCAUGCCAACCGAACAGAAUCAUUCCACAUUCAUUUUCACCAACUGUGAGAACCUGCAACAAGCUGCAAAGGAGGAAAUCACAUCGUAUGCUCAAAGGAAAUGCCAGCUGUUAUCAUAUGUUCGUAAACGCUACAAUGGGGGUCUUGUUUCAGAGUCUUUGUUCAGCACUUGCUUUCCUGGAUGUGAAGUGCCUUCUUGGUUUUGUCAUGAAACAGUUGGAUCUGAGUUAGAAGUAAAACUCCUCCCACAUUGGCAUGACAAGAAGCUUGCCGGGAUUGCUCUAUGUGCUGUAGUCUCAUGUCUUGACCGCCAAGAUCAAGUCAGCCGCUUGUCAGUGACCUGCACCUUUAAAGUAAAAGAUGAAGACAAGUCUUGGGUCCCAUUUACUUGUCCAGUAGGAAGUUGGACCAGACAUGGAGACGGGAAAGACAAGAUUGAGCCAGACCAUGUCUUCAUUGGAUACACCAGUUGCCCACAUACUAUAAAGUGUCCUGAAGAAGGUAACUCAGAUGAAUGCAAUCCUACCGAAGCUUCUCUUCACUUUACUGUGACAGGAGGUACAAGUGAGAAUGGACAAAUCAAGGUGUUGAAGUGUGGUUUAAGUUUGGUGUAUGCAAAGGAUAAAGACAAAAAUAGUGCUCUUGAAGCAAAGUACGAUAUGUGUAUCGGAAAGAGCUUUCAAGAAACUUCAGAAGGGGUUAAUGGAAGAGUAAAGAAAACGAAAGGAAAGUAUGACUCUAGUAUUUAAGCUCUCUGUAACUCUUUUUUAAUUUGGUUGGUGAAUUUGAUAAUGGUUCUAGGGAUGCAAAUGGUGAUG